AUGUCCCUGGUAAAAUGUGAGAAGGAUGAAUUUCCGAUAGCCGCCGUGAAGAAAGGCGGGCACCGCCGCGGAACCACCCUCGCCUCGGCGGAGUCACUGGCUUUGCCUCCGGUGCAGGAAGUGGUGUUUUUGGCCGAUUUUCGGUGUUCGAGGUGCCAAGAGAGGGUGGCUCAGAUUCUUGCCAAAAUGAACGGGGAGACACAAUCCGUGAUGAUAAGUGUUGUGGAGAAGAAAGUAACACUCACAUGUACGUACCCGAUAGCCGAUAAACUUUCCCGACGACAAGUUGCUUGGAACAAGAUUUUGCCGAUCGUUCGACUUUUUCGUUCGUCUCGCGCUUAA